AAGCUGCUAGCAGUGCUAGCUUGUUGUUGUGGUGUGUGAGGAGAACAUGUGAGGCUCUGCAGUAAAAACGUCUUCACUUCAGUCUCUGGGAGAGUUGAUCAGCUAAAGCGACUAACUGCUGCUUCUGCAGAAAUCUUCUCACCAGGCUGUGGAAACUUUCUUCUCCUCAACAACUUGGUGGAGUUCUUUCCAGAACCAGAGAAGAUAUUCUGCGGUCUUCGUGACAAUCGGAGCUCCAAAAGCAGCUGUUAGCUAAACACGGCUAAAGAAAACCUGCUACCACUUCAGGAUCAUCCAUCAGCAUGGACACAGUUUCUAUAAAGAGUGAGGAUGAAGAGAAACCUCUGAUGUCACACCUUCAUCAGCAGCAACUAGACAACAGAGGUGUUCCAACCAGCAGCUCAGCUGACCAGAUGACAGCAGGAAGUAGCAGGAACCCAGAUCUGAACCAUCAUGAACAGCCAUCUGGUUCAUCUGAGACUGCAGUUUCUAUAAAGAGUGAGGAAGAUGAAGAGAAACCACUGUUCUCACAACUUCAUCAGCAGCAAUUAGAAGACAGAGAUGUUCCAACUAGCAGCUCAACUGAGCAGAUGGCGGCAAAAACCGAUGGAGGAGCAGAAACUGGCAUGAACCCAUAUCUGAACCUUCAUGAACAGAUAUCCGAUUCAUCAGAGACUGAAGUCAGUGGAAAUGAUGAAGAGGAUGAUGGUGUGAACCUAGACUCUUUCCUGUUAGACACUGGGCCUGAAACUGGAGACGAAGAUAUUGGCUGGAAUAAGAGCAGGUCUUCUGAGUCAGAUGUUAAGGAUGUCAACAGACCCUUUAGCUGCCAUGAAUGUGGUAAACUAUUUCUCCACAAGUGGUCUCUCCAGAAACACGUGAGACUGACAAGUCAUUCAGCAAGAAGGUCUUUAGGAUGUUUGGUUAAGAAAAAGUGUGUUACAAUGAAGCAACAUGUAGACUCAUGCAGAAAAGUCCACACAGGACAGAAGCCUUUUACCUGUACGCUCUGUGGUUCAAGAUUUACCCCUCUGUGGUAA